GUCUAGUGUACGAGUUUCAGUCGAAGAACAAGGGUGCGGCAACGCGUGUGGUAGGAGUGUUGUUUCCCUGUCAGUGCCAUACAGCUACUCCAUAACCUUCUUUUCCACAAGAACCAAGGUCCAUAGAAGCAAGAGUGACUCAUUCCAUUCUCCAGGUGUCUGGGUUGUGGUUGUGUCAGCAUUAGCGCCAGGAUGACAUUGCGGUUCCUAAUACUCUGUGCAGUGCUCUGUGUGUACGCGGCGUCAGCAGAGGCCAGUGCAGCACCCUUGACAUGCGGAACAUGCAGAGAGGCCCGGCUCAAUGAAAACUUUCCAAAGUAUUUGUGUUACGACAUUGACAAUAGAUAUUCAACACUUCGUCAACGGAUGUAUGUCCUGAGCUCAACAAAUCAAUUUGAGGCUAUAUCGAGAGUUUUGGUGAAAGCUUACAAAGAAGUGCACAAGUGCCAAACGGAUGUAUGCGCCUACACGUUGCUGUUCCAAGAAAAACUUCCAUUUGUAUUUGCCAACGUCACCAACAAGGAGGAAAUGGAGAUCCUAUGUUUGUCUUACCAUAAUGCAUUCUGCAAGCAUUACUUCAACAGUGACAAGCGGGACGCAAGCUCCGAUGUGAAGGAGAUAAUUGCGUUUGUCAGUGGACACCCCCCCGAAUGUUUACAGAGCAUGAUAGACUAUCAUAUCCCCGAAGUGCUUGCAAACAUGCAGUUUACCCCGCCACCGACGUAUACAACAAAACCAACAGAACAUACAACAGACAAUGGUCACUCGACAUUAGGGUCCUCUUCAGCAACGCCUCGCACACCAACAUCAACAGCUAAAGCGACAGAUGCGGUAACGUCAAAUACACCAACAGCAAAAGCGACAGAUGCGGUAACGUCGAAUACACCAACAGCAAAAGCGACAGUUACGGUAACGUCGAAUACACCAACAGCAAAAGCGACGGUUACGUUAACGUCGAAUACACCAACAGCAAAAGCGACAGAUACUGUAACCUCGAAUACACCAACAGCAAAAGCGACAGAUGCGGUAACGUCGAAUACACCAACAGCAAAAGCGACAGAUGCGGUAACGUCGAAUACACCAACAGCAGCCAAAACAACACCGACACCUCAAUCACUAACGUGUGCUACAUGUACCGACCUUGUCUCAUGUACAUUCGCGCCGACGGAAAUAACCUGUGGACCAGGGGACCUUUGCAUGACAACUGUCAUUGACUCCUUGGCAGGAAGCAGAAAUGUGAUGAAGGGGUGCAAAAGCGUGAACUGGUGUGGCAGUAACUGGUGGUCGCAGACGAGCGAUGUAAGCACGUGCCUCGAUGUGGAUACCAACCUCCACAACUUUGACCAGAAGUGCAUGUAUUGCUGUGAGAAGGACAAGUGUAACGCUGGGUCUACGCUCGUGCCAACGAAUCUGUACAGGCCUAAACACUAAUCUCGGUCACACGUCACAGUCACGUGUCUGGGAUACCAGCCUCGCUCUCAUUCAUUGUAGAUUAUCAUAGUCAACGUGUCAACUGUCAUACGUGAAAAUAUUAUUGGUGGGGAAA